CCGGGCGUGUGAUGUGUGAAGGACAUCAGCAGUGCUCCUCCCUCCUCCCCCGUCCUCCGUGCCUCCGUCAGCACAUCCACACUGGCGCUGACGCCCCGGUCUCCUUCCCCGAGUUCUGCCGGGUCUUCGGGUUCCCUGUGGGCCCCUCGGGCUCCGGCUCCCUGCUGCUCUUCUACGAGCUGUUGGACCAGACGGGGGCGCUGGUGCAGAGGGGCAGUGCCAGCGGGUGCCCACAGCUGGGGCAGCACCCCGAGGCCAUGCUGUUCGGACCGCAGGGCGCCCUAUGCAGCUACCUGUGUUCAGUGCUGGAUGUGUGUGACUCCGUGAGCUCCGUGCGCCUCUACUCCAGCUCCUCCCCGUGCGAGGACCCGGGCAGCCAGUGCUGCGGCCUCCUCCUGGCCUUCCUGCAGCAGCGGCCCUGGCUGCGUCUGGACCUGCUCUUCUCCCAGCUCCACCGCACCCAGCCGCGCUGGCCCCAGGCCCCCCGCACCAGAGAGGCCCUGCGCAGCCUGGCUGCUCUCUGGCCCCGGGUCACCCUCAGCCCCCUGUCGGGCCGCGUUUGGGCCCUCCUGCUGGGCAGCUUCGUGACGGAUGCCCCCCUGUCUGUCCUCCAGGCUCCGCUUCUGCCGGGGAGGGUGGCGGCGGACCGGCUGAACGCCGUGGAGCUGUCAGCCAUAACUGGCAUGGGCCCCGCCUACCUGGAUCUGCCUGCUACCGGCGUGACGGAUGACACUGACCGCGACCCGAACCGGGCCUCGACUGGACCCAAAACCAUCCUGCCUCCCCUCCACUCUGACCCUGACACAUAUCCACCCCCCCAGCCUCUCCAGGGGCCGACUCCACGCAGGGCCCCCCUGCGGCCCCUUAACGUAGUUAGGCACGUGCGGAUGCCCAGGCCGCUGGCCCAGGUCCAGCCAGGGUCUCACUCCUCUAUUCCCUCCCUGCUGCUGACGGGUCGACCCGUGGAGGUGCGCAGUCCCUUUAUUGACCAGCAGGGGGCAGCAUAA